UGCACCGAGUCGACUGAGCGUUUCGAACAAAGCAUUUGUUGUCUUCGUCAAUAUGAAGAGCUCGGUGCUAUCAAUAUUAUCUCUCAUUGUACUGGCACGGGCCCAAGACAUCGAUCCGGAUUUGAUCGACUUACCCCCCGAGGGUAUCGAUUUUGAGGGAUGCUUCAGUGAUUUGGUAACUGCUGAUGUGAACGGAGAUGGUUUCGUUAAGCAGAACGAGUAUUUAAACUUUAUCAACACCUAUGGAAAGCGUAUCUGCCAUUAUCAAGAAAAACUGACUCUGCAGCAGGAGAUUGCUUUCAGCUCGUUGGCGUGUAACUGCCGGUCUCAGGAGAACGCCAGUCCGGACUGCUGUCUCCGCGAGAAUGCCCGCAUCCCCACAACCGGUGUAAGUUCUCCUUCGCAGCGAACGGAAGAACAGUCACAGUACCUAACGUCGGUAUGUGUUGUAACGGAUGAUACGAUUGACGGAGAAUGCCCCCCGGUGAUUCGCGAUCGUUCUACUCCUCCUCCGAUCCUUAUUGCUCCCGUCCUUGCCGAUAUUGUCAACGACGACGGCGGUCUGAGCAACGCCGCCAAGUGGGGUAUCAUUGUCGCUGCCAUCGCGGCUGCCCUCUUGUUGCUGUUGCUAUGUUGCUGUUGCUGUGUCGUCCGACGCCGCCGGGGUAAGGCGGUUGAAGAGGAGGAAGAAGAAACGGGAGUCCUAGCGACCAAGAGUCUGAACGGUCAGGAAAUGGCGCCCGACGAUGCUGCCCCCCACGGCAACCGUGAUGGUCCCGAUCUCGAGAACGGUGUACCGUUUGCGGCGGCCUCCACACCACGAAGCAGAGAAGAUUCCGAAUACACUGAGGAAGAAGACGCCAGCGACGAUGAAUCGGGUGAUGGACGCGGCAAACGUGGAUGCAACUACAUGGAAGAAGAAGACGAAGCAGGACGCCGACGAUUGCGAGGAGCGGGAGAAAUCCCGGAAGGUGGCGGUGGAAAUAGCCACGCUCUCCGACCAAUUCCGCCCAAAAUUCCCGAAGAAGACCCGGAUUGGGACCAUCCUGGACGCAACAUUGACUAUCCCAAACCCGAUCCGGACGAAGAUUCUGUCCAAGAAUUCGACCCUUACAAUCCUGGCGGUGGCGUAGAUUGGCCGGAACGCGAAAAGAAACCACCGGUGACGUUCAAGAACAACUGGGAACGACUCAAGAAGGACGAUCCGGACGAAAUUGACAAUCGCAAGCACCGCAUUCAAACGGGUUUGGGUGAAGGGGAAGUUUGGGACAAGCUGAACGAAGGUGACGAGCCAGAAAAGACCAAUAGUGGGGCUUCAGGAGAUGUCUUUGACUGGGUUGUCCAAUCAGCACUGGGUGUUCUGGACAACUCCGAAGCGCAAGGACACGUGGGACACGAUGCCUAG